AUGCGUGAAAUCGUUCACAUUCAAGCCGGACAGUGCGGUAAUCAGAUUGGUUCCAAGUUCUGGGAGGUGAUAUCUGAUGAACACGGAAUCGACCCUACCGGACAGUACGUUGGAGACUCCGAUCUUCAACUUGAGAGAAUCAACGUCUAUUACAAUGAAGCCGGAAGCAACAAAUAUGUUCCAAGAGCUGUCCUCGUGGAUUUGGAGCCUGGAACUAUGGACUCUGUGAGAUCUGGACCAUUUGGACAACUCUUCCGUCCGGAUAACUACGUUUUCGGACAAAGUGGAGCUGGAAACAACUGGGCCAAAGGACACUACACCGAAGGAGCCGAGCUAGUUGAUAACGUUUUGGAUGUGGUCAGAAAGGAGGCUGAAAGCACUGAUUGUCUUCAAGGAUUCCAACUCACUCACUCUCUUGGAGGAGGAACAGGAUCUGGAAUGGGAACUCUUUUGAUUUCGAAAAUCCGCGAGGAAUACCCAGACAGAAUUAUGAAUACUUUCUCUGUUGUGCCAAGUCCAAAAGUGUCUGAUACUGUUGUUGAACCAUACAAUGCUACCCUGUCUGUUCACCAGCUGGUCGAGAACACCGACGAGACGUUCUGCAUUGACAAUGAGGCAUUGUACGACAUCUGCUUCCGCACUCUGAAACUCACCACGCCGACAUACGGAGAUUUGAACCAUCUGGUGUCAGCCACGAUGAGUGGUGUCACCACUUGCCUUCGUUUCCCUGGACAACUUAAUGCCGAUCUUCGCAAGUUGGCAGUAAACAUGGUUCCAUUCCCACGCCUUCAUUUCUUCAUGCCUGGAUUUGCUCCGUUGACUAGCAGAAGUAACCAACAGUACCGCGCUAUCACCGUUCCGGAGCUCACUCAACAAUGUUUCGAUGCUAAGAACAUGAUGGCUGCCUGUGACCCAAGACAUGGACGUUACCUAACCGCCGCUGCAAUCUUUCGUGGAAGAAUGAGCAUGAAAGAGGUUGAUGAGCAGAUGCUCAACAUCCAGAACAAGAACUCCUCCUACUUCGUCGACUGGAUCCCAAACAAUGUCAAGACUGCAGUCUGUGACAUUCCGCCAAGAGGACUCAAGAUGUCGGCUACCUUCAUUGGAAACUCCACUGCUAUCCAAGAGCUCUUCAAGAGAAUCAGCGAGCAAUUCACUGCCAUGUUCCGCCGUAAAGCCUUCCUUCAUUGGUACACUGGCGAAGGAAUGGACGAGAUGGAGUUCACUGAAGCCGAGAGCAACAUGAACGACUUGGUCUCCGAGUACCAACAGUACCAGGAGGCAGCCGCUGAUGAGGACGCUGCUGAAGCCUUCGACGGAGAGUAA